AUGAUGGGAAAAUAUUCUUUAACAAAAAGACGUCAUUCUCAUCAAUCGAAAAUUUUUCAUACUGAACAAGAAACAACAUUGAUAUUAAAUAAAAUUGAACAUGCAAAUACUACAAUUCGUUUAAAAAAUCGAACAAAUACAUCAUUUCGACCACUUGCCGCUUCUACACCAUACGAUAUUGAACAAUCAAAUCCAUUCAAUGAUGGCUCCCCACAUUCUAUCAUGAAACAUCAACGAUUAUUAUUAACACCACCUAUUUAUUGUAGUACACCAAAACAAAUUCGUCGUCCAAUUCCUAAUAAUAACAGUCAUAGACGAUCAACAUCAUCAUUCAAACAAAAAUGUUUUCUUGAUCAACAUCCACCAAUACCGAUUAUAUCUCAACGUCGAUUACAAUUCACACCUAAUUCUCAAUCAAUUGUACAAUAUUCAAAUGAUGAUAUAAGAAGAAUAAACAUUAAAAAUAUUAAAAUAUGGCUAUUGUAA